AUCUUUGGAAUAUCUUUUCAUGCGUUGCCACAAUCACUCGUGCCAGAAUAUGGUUAUGUUCCCAGCUUUCUUGUUGAUACUUGUGAAUAUUUGGAAGAACAUGCUCAUACUGAGGGGCUUUUCAGAAAGUCUGGAUCUCUUGUUCGUUUAAAAGCUUUAAAGAGUAAACUGGAUCAAGGUGAAAACUGCCUCUCGGCUGCUCUGCCAUGUGAUGUUGCAGGGCUUCUUAAACAGUUCUUUAGAGAGCUGCCAGAACCCAUCCUCCCACCUCACCUGCAGGAAGGCCUUCUCAAAGCUCAGCAGCUAGGAAAUGAGAAGAAAACUGCAACUGUGUUGCUGUCGUGUUUGAUGGCCGACAGAACAAUUGAAGCUUUGAGAUACUUUUUCAACUUUCUGAGAACUGUGUCCCUAAGAUCCAGUGAAAACAGAAUGGAUAGCAGUAAUCUGGCAGUGAUCUUUGCUCCCAACCUCUUGCACUCAAACGAAAAUGACAAGAUGUCAGCCACUACAGAAAAAAAGAUUCGAUUGCAAGCUGCUGUUGUGCAAACCCUUAUCGACCAUGCAGCAGAAAUCGGACAAGUGCCAGGAUUUAUCUUGGAAAAGAUUCCUGCAAUGUUAGGUGUUGAUACCUUUCAAUCUACUCCCUCACUGUGGGGCCAUGAAGACAGUGAAAACGAAUCGCCCACUGAAAGUAAGAAGAGGAGGCACCGAAGUGUUGGGGAUAUUGUUAGUGGAGCAUUGAAUAAAUUUAAAUCUAACAGAACACCCUCCACUACACCUCAGCAAGACAGAAGCGUCCUUUCGUCGAUGACUCCAGUGGUUCUUACUCCAAGUACCAAGCGUAAACUUUCAACUGAUUGCUCUCAGGGCUUGUCCAGCAAGAAGAGACGAUCUUUUAAGCAUAGUUUUGCUUUUGAGUUGUUACCAAGUAGCAUCUUUAACAUCAACUCAACACCAGCAUCAGUUCAGUUUGAAGCAAGCCCUUGUGUGUCUCUUGAGUCAUCACAAACCUCACUGUCUCCUUCAACUGGUGGUGAAAAUUAUCUGUCUAGUACAGGGAACAGAAGAAGUAAAAGACAUGCAAGCAAAAAAUUAUACAGGGCUGAAUCAGGAAAGACAGGUUGUUUUUCUCCAAAGAUUAGCCGAAAAGAAAUGGUUCGUAGGUCGUUGCGCUUGAAGUUUGGUUUGGGGAAAAGCAACAGAGAACUGAAUAUUGUGUCAGGAUGUGCGGCUGGUCAUAGAUUUGAAAAUAUUGGAAGGCGUCUUGCAAGUCAACAAGGCUUGGAAAGCAGAACUGAACAUGCAAAGAGAGAUGUACUCUUCAGCCCAUGUGUCAGUGAGAAAUUACCUAAAAAAGGUUCGAAGAAUGUGAGCAAGUCAGAAGAAAACUUGCUGACUCCAAAAUGCCACGAUAAAGUAGAUCACCGAAUGUCAUGGAAUAGUCUUGCUGUUACAGAUUCUCAGGCGAUUGGCAGGAAUGAGGGAAUUCUGCCAGGACACCCUGAAAUGGGUAUCGGUUCUUCAGAACCUAUUUUGGUAUUUGGAAAGCCACCAGUUAUUCCAGAUGAAUUCAAAUCCACAACAGUAAGCAAACAAGACAACAGCUUAGAACUUUUUAUUUUUGAAGAGGAAAGUAAUUCAACUGCAGAAACAUUACUGAAAGUUAAGCAAGCCUUUUCUGCAUCCGGGACUAAUCCUCCCAAUUUCAUAGGUGAUACAAAAUCUUCCUUCGCAGAUGUAGCAGGUGAAACGUCAAAUGAAACUUGGUGUCUCCCAGGGCUCAGUCCAGAGAAAGAAUUGUUAGCUGAAGAAGCUUCUGAAAAUCUAGCAAACACAAAAUCCAGAGAGCUGUUGCACCAAUUUAAUCCAUCUUAUUAUACUGAUAAACAGCAAUCAAAAAAAGAUGAAAUGAAAGUUUUGGGGAAAAGAAACUUCAAAACUUCUAUUGAGAUUGAACUUCAGGUCCCGAAACCAGAUGUCAAAAAUGUAACAGAACUUCCGGUGCCUCGAGUGCUGGCCAGGGAAGACAAGUUGACUGUUCGGAACAGUUCAUCAGAAGAUUACUUAAGCAAAUUAGAUUCCCUUCAAAGAAAAAAGGCAAUAGAGUUAUCACACUCACAAACAACUGAAAACCGUACGGUGAAAUGUUGUAAAUUGGAAGAAGAUACUGCUGAAGUUCCUGUGGCAGGACAGCUUCCUACUUCGCAGUUGCCUACAUCACAAAAUGAAGUAGUCAACCAACAAUUGCAAGUUGAAAACUCUGAUAAAACUAAAACAUCAGCUGUUUCUGACCAUGGAAAGGUUUCUGACCACAUACAAUGGUUCAACAAGCUUUCAUUAAAUGAUCCAGGUUCUACAGGCAAAACUAAACCACCUCUUAAGUUCCAGCGUACUCCUGUUAGACAGUCUGUAAGAAGGAUUAAUUCCUUGUUGGAGGCUAACAGACGAUCUGUAAGCUCUCAGCUGCUCAAAGCAAGUGAUAUUGGUUCACCACUUGUUAAGUCUUUGAGCUGUGAUUCUGCACUAUUCUCCUGCACAGAAAACCCCUCACAGAAUUCCAUGGCUUUGCUGCUCAGGAGUGAGAGUACAGAUGACCAAGCUUCUGUAUCUCUUAAGCAGCUAGACUUAACAUCCGGAUCCUGCUGCAGGCGCUUGAAUCCGUCAGACAAGCCUGAUGUUUCUGUCAGAACUGCCGGAAUCCACCAACAGAAAGCGACUGUUCAUCCAUCAAAGUCUGUUCUAGAAGAUCUGACCAAUCACGAAAUGGUGAAAUCCAGUUCAAAGGUGUGUGCAAAUGUAAAUGUUCCAGGUGAUGCCCCAGAAAAAUUUACAGUCGCAAGAAGUGCUUCAGGAAAAGAGAGAAUUCGUUAUAGAGGCUCUCCAAAGAAUCCAAUAUCUAAAGUGAGACUGCUACCAGCUGCAAAACCAGUAGACUUAUAA